GCGCACGCACCCAGAUCCAUAAAGAAUAGACGGCAUUUCAUCGUAAAGGUUAAUCAGUACGUGUACUUUUAACAACUUGCACAUUCAAAAAACGAUCUGGUAAAAAGGGCAACGCCGGUCUUUUAUAUUUAUCAUCCAUACUACAUAUAGGCUGAUCGCGCUGACGCCGUCCCUUCCUGUCAUAUGAUGUGCUCUUGUCGAGUAUAAAGUCUGAUCUAACGAGGUGCUGCUUUGAAUCACUUGGGAGAAAAACUCGUUCAGUCACGCCAUCGCUUUACUCUUCGAUAUUUGCCUACGACCAUGAAGCUGAUCAUCCUCAAUGACUACGAGCUGGCGAGUGAAUGGGCUGCAAAGUACAUCAGAAACAAGAUUCUACUUUUUAAUCCUGGUCCAGACAGAUACUUUACUAUGGGACUCCCCACAGGAAGCACCCCCCUGGGUUGUUACAAGAAACUGAUUGAGUACUACAAGAAUGGAGAGAUCUCUUUCCAGUAUGUGAAGACAUUCAACAUGGACGAGUAUGUAGGUCUUCCCAGAGAUCAUCCAGAAAGCUACCAUUCCUUCAUGUGGAAUAAUUUCUUCAAGCACAUUGACAUAAAAGCAGAGAACACCCACAUCCUUAAUGGCAAUGCUGCCAGUCUUGAGGAGGAGUGCCAGUCCUUCGAGGACAAGAUAAAGGCUGCUGGAGGAAUCGAGCUCUUUGUUGGAGGUAUUGGACCAGAUGGCCACAUUGCCUUUAAUGAACCUGGUUCAAGUUUGGUCUCCAGGACCAGGGUGAAGACUUUGGCAAGGGAAACCAUCAUUGCAAAUGCCCGGUUCUUUAAUGGAGACCUCUCAAAGGUUCCCACCAUGGCACUGACUGUGGGAGUGGGUACUGUCAUGGAUGCUAAGGAGGUCAUGAUUCUCAUCACGGGAGCACACAAGGCAUUUGCUUUAUACAAAGCCAUAGAGGAGGGUGUGAAUCACAUGUGGACUGUAUCUGCAUUUCAACAGCACCCACAAACGGUGUUUGUGUGUGAUGAGGAUGCCACUCUGGAACUGCGGGUCAAAACUGUGAAGUACUUUAAAGGGAUGAUGCAUGUACACAACAAGUUGGUUGACCCACUCCCAUUUGCCUCUAAGAGAAGCUGAUCGGCUGUUUCCUAAACGAAAAUAUGCAGCGAUUUGUAACCCAACUUCAUAUUCCAGAGGGAAAUCGUCCUUCCACGAGGGAGUGUAACAAGCAGUGUUUGGAGAACAAUACUGUAACCAUACAUCUGUCGAGAAAUCUGUGAUUGUAACACAUCCAUUCCUGCCUUAAUCAUGCAGAUAAGGGCUUUUAAGAGUUUUAAGUCGAAUGUUCGUACUGACUUGUUUUUCCAGUUGUAAUAAUAAAAAUGAGAAAAUAAUUUCA